AUCGUGCAACUGUAUGAUUACAAGUCGCGUUUCCGCUAAACUCUCUGCUUCAAUCUUACCCCCAACUCCUUUCCCCUUCGUCUUUCCUCUCUUUCCCACUGCAAUGCCUGCAGAUCCCAAUGAACCUAAAUUAAAUUAACAGCCUGAAAAUUUUCAGUUUUACCGAAGAAAACAAAAAUUGAUAUAUUAUUCUGGUCGAGAUGGCGGGAGUUGCGGUGGCGGCGGAGUGGCAACUCCUCUAUAACCGGUACUACCGGAAGCCGGAGCUCUACCAGAUGCAGUGGAAGAACGUUGACCUCACCCGCAACAAGAUCGCCUGCGCUCCAUUCGGCGGCCCCAUCGCUGUCAUCCGCGACGACGCGAAGAUCGUCCAGCUGUAUGCUGAGUCCGCUCUCCGGAAGCUUCGUAUCUUCACCUCCUCCGGCCGCCUUAUCUCCGAAACUGUGUGGAAGAAUCCCGGCGGCCGCUUAAUUGGCAUGUCGUGGACCGAUGACCUAACCCUAAUCUGUAUCACGCAGGACGGCACCGUUUAUUCAUACAAUAUCCACGCCGAGUUAAUCAGUACCUUUUCCUUGGGCAAAGAAUGCUUUGACAACAGCGUUGUGGAGUGCGUCUUCUGGGGGAAUGGCGUCGUGUGUAUCAACGAGGCCUUUGAGAUUUUUGCCGUGCCGGAUUUUAAGGUUCCAAAGACGGUUAAAUUGGCGGAUUGUAAUUUGGAGGAGCUUCCUCAUUGUAUUGCGGUGAUCGAGCCCCAGUAUACGAAAUCAGGUGACGUGGAGGUGCUGUUAGGGGUUGGCGACCAUGUGUUGUUGGUGGAAGAGGAUUUAGUACAACCUCUUGCUGAGGGGAUGGGGCCGUUUCAGAAGAUGGUAGUCUCGAGGAAAGGGGAGUUUGUUGCCUCAUUCACCCAUGAUGGAAGGCUUCUGGUCAUGUCUACUGAUUUUUCCGAUGUUAUCAUUGAGUAUGCGUGUGAGUCGGCUCUUCCUCCUGAGCAACUAGCUUGGUGUGGGUUGGAUAGUGUCUUACUUUACUGGGAUGACAUGCUACUGAUGGUGGGCCCAUAUGGUGAUCCAGUACGUUACAUUUAUGAUGAACCAAUUAUUCUUAUCCCAGAAUGUGAUGGGGUGCGGAUACUAUCUAACACAAACAUGGAGUUUCUGCACCGGGUUCCAGACUCUACAGUAUCUAUAUUUCAGAUAGGAAGCACCUUACCUGCUGCUUUAUUGUAUGAUGCCCUGGAGCAUUUUGAUAGGCGAAGUGCUAAGGCUGAUGAAAAUCUUAGAUUGAUCCGCUCGUCACUGCCUGAAGCUGUUGAGGCUUGCAUUGAUGCUGCUGGUUAUGAAUUUGAUAUUUCACAGCAAAGGACACUACUGAGAGCUGCAAGCUAUGGACAAACCUUUUCUAGCCUAUUUCAACGUGACAGCAUACAAGAGAUGUGUAAAACGCUGCGUGUCUUAAAUGCUGUACGGCAUGUCGAGAUCGGUAGUCCUCUAAGCAUUCAGCAGUACAAGUUACUUACUCCCUCUGUUCUCAUUAACCGUCUGAUUAAUGCUCACAAACACCUUUUAGCUUUGCGAAUAUCAGAAUACCUUGGUAUGAACCAAGAAGUCGUGUUAAUGCACUGGACUUGUACAAAGAUAUCAGCAUCCGCAGCGAUUCCUGAUGCGAGUCUUCUUGAUAUCUUACUCGACAAGCUCAAGCUAUGCAAAGGAAUAUCUUAUGCCGCUGUUGCUGCUCAUGCUGACAAGAGUGGGCGUAGAAAAUUAGCUGCUAUGCUAGUUGAACAUGAGCCGCGAUCGUCCAAACAGAUUCCUCUCUUGCUGAGCAUUGGAGAAGAAGAUACUGCUCUUAUGAAGGCUACUGAAAGCGGUGAUACUGAUCUUAUGUAUCUUGUGCUGUUUCAUAUCUGGCGUAAGAGAGCGCCAUUGGAGUUUUUUUCAACAAUACAGGCCAGACCACUUGCACGCGAUCUUUUUGUUACCUAUGCACGGUCUUAUAAGCAUGAAUUCUUAAAGGACUUCUUUCUGUCCACUGGGCAACUUCAGGAAGUAGCUUUUCUGUUGUGGAAAGAGUCAUGGGAACUAGCAAGGAAUCCAAUGGCGAGCAAAGGGUCCCCUCUUCAUGGCCCACGCAUAAAACUAAUUGAGAAGGCCCAUAAUCUUUUUACAGAAACAAAAGAGCACAUGUUUGAAUCUAAGGCAGCUGAGGAACAUGCAAAAUUGUUAAGAAUCCAACAUGAGUUAGAGGUGACAACAAAACAGGCAAUUUUUGUGGAUUCAAGUAUCAGUGACACCAUUCGCACGUGUAUUGUCUUGGGAAAUCAUCGAGCUGCUAAUAAAGUUAAAACUGAAUUUAAGGUUUCAGAGAAGCGGUGGUAUUGGCUUAAAGUCUUUGCUCUGGCAACAAUCCGAGACUGGGAUGCACUGGAAAAAUUUUCAAAAGAGAAGAGACCGCCAAUUGGUUACCGUCCAUUUGUAGAAGCUUGUGUCGAUGCAGGUGAGAAAGAUCAAGCCCUUAAAUAUAUUCCAAAACUUGCUGAUCCAAGAGAGAGAGCUGAGGCUUAUGCUAAAAUUGGAAUGGCGAAGGAAGCUGCAGAUGCUGCAUCUCAAGCGAAAGAUGGUGAACUGCUUGGGCGGUUAAAACUUACUUUUGCACAAAAUGCUGCUGCUGCAUCAAUUUUUGAUACUCUGCGAGACCGGUUGUCCUUCCAAGGCGUUUCUUAGUCUUACUUUGAUCGUCUCGUUGGUGAUCAUUCUUUGAGUUUGUUUGUGGUUUGCUGUUGAGAUUUGGCGUUGCAUGUAAAACUGGAUGGUGGGGCUUCUUGUGCAUUUUGCCAUGAUAUGGAAAAGGUAACCUGAUUAACCUCUCCUUCUCCAUCACAUCUUUUUCUUGCCGGUCAGUUGCUGUACCUUGCAACGGUUGUUUCCUGGCAUGCAUGGGAGAUAGUACUAUAUUUGUCAUUUACUUAAGUUACACUCAGCUACGAAUUCUUACCUUUUUUCUUUCUCAUUCAUGGUUUGUGCUUAGCCAUGAUGUAUUAUGUAAGGCGAGUUUGUUGAUAAGACUGGUUCUGGGAGAGAAUUCAAUGUCUCAUCUGUAAUUUUUUUCCCCUUUUGGGUGAGUACUUUGAUUAAUUUAAUGAGGUUGCAGCGUUGUUCCGACUUACUGCAUCCUCCCAUAUCUUCCUAUA